AGAGAGAGAGAGAGAUGAGAGGAGGAGUAGGGGAUGAAGCAGUACUGUUUGAGACCAAGAGAGCGAAAGGCAGGAUAUGGUACAAGUUGUAUUUUUGCUCUGUGCUUGCAGGGUUGUGUAUGAUCUGGGUGUACAGAGCUUUACAGAUCCCAGGAGGAGGAGGAGGAGGACGAGGGAGGUGGUGGGCAUGGAUUGGGAUCUUUGGAGCUGAGCUUUGGUUUAGCUUGUACUGGAUACUCACUCAGGCUGUGCGUUGGAACCCCACCUAUCGCUACACCUUCAAGGAGAGGCUGUCUCAGAGAUACGAAGACAAGUUGCCCAAUGUAGACAUCUUUGUGUGCACUGCGGAUCCUACUAUAGAGCCACCAAUCAUGGUGAUCAACACUGUACUAUCAGUCAUGGCAUACCAGUAUCCAGUAGAGAAGCUUAGCGUCUACCUCUCCGAUGACAGUGGGUCCGAGCUCACUUUCUAUGCCCUCUUGGAGGCAUCUCGGUUCGCGAAAGCUUGGCUACCUUUUUGCAAGAAAUUCAAAGUUGAACCCAGAUCCCCAGCUGCUUAUUUUGAGGAAACAUUGGUAAGCCCAAGAGAGGGAGCAGAAGCUGUUGAUUGGUUGGCAACAAAGAGCUUAUACGAGGAGAUGGAGAACCGAAUUGAUGUUGCAGUUAAGCUAGGGAGAGUUCCAGCUGACCAACAUAAACAACACAAGGGAUUCAGCCAAUGGAACUCGGCCAUAACUCGUCGUGAUCACCAAGCAAUCGUCGAAAUUCUAAUCAAUGGAAGAGAUGAAAAAUCUCUGGAUGAUGAACAGUUUGCGUUACCAACGCUCGUGUACAUGGCUCGUGAAAAGAGACCCUCUCAUCAUCAUAACUUUAAAGCUGGAGCUAUGAACUCACUGCUUAGAGUUUCAUCAGAGAUAAGCAAUGGUGCAAUCAUUCUCAAUGUGGACUGCGACAUGUACUCGAACAAUUCAGAGAUUGUGAAAGAUGCACUAUGUUUUCUUAUGGAUGAAGAGAAGGGUCAUGAGUUUGCAUAUGUACAACUCCCACAAAUCUUCAAAAACAUCACAAAGAAUGACAUCUAUGGCAAUUCCUUGCGAUUAAUGACCGAGGUGGAUUUCCAUGGUUUAGAUGGAGUUGGAGGGCCUCUGUAUACUGGAUCCGGUUGUUUCCACAGAAGGGAAUGUCUAAUGGGCAAAAAGUAUGAUGCAAAUUCCAAGGCACAACUAGAACUGAGCAGGAAGAACUUAGAAGCAAACACAUCCAUCUUGGAGGAGAAAGCUAAGCAUCUUGUUACAUGCAGCUAUGAGAAUAACACUGAAUGGGGAAAAGAGAUGGGUCUCAAGUAUGGAUCCCCUGUGGAGGAUGUGAUCACCGGGUUGUCAAUCCAAUGCAGGGGUUGGAAGUCCAUCUACUUCAAUCCUUCAAGGACAGGGUUCUUGGGAGUUGCCCCUGUCACAUUGGCACAGACCCUGGUGCAGCACAAGAGAUGGUCUGAGGGGGAUCUCCAAAUAUUCUUCUCCAAGUACUGCCCGUUCAUCUUCGGCCAUGAUAAAAUAACGUUAGGCCUGAAAUUGGCAUACACUAUGUACUGUUUAUGGUCUCCUUGCUCCUUGCCAACACUGUACUAUGUUGUUAUCCUACCUAUGGCACUCCUGCAUUGCAUUUCCUUGUACCCCAACAUAAACAGCAUCUGGUUCAUGCCAUUUGCGUAUGUGAUCGUUGCAACAAAAUUAUAUAGCCUAUCAGAAUCAUUAUGGGCUGGAUAUACACUGAAGGGUUGGUGGAAUGAGCAGAGGAUGUGGCUUUUCAAAAGAUUGGCUUCUUACCCCUUUGCAGUUGUCGACACCUUCCUCAAACUACUAGGCGUUAACAAGUCUGCAUUCGUUGUUACAGCGAAGGUGGCUGAUAAAGAGGUCUCGAAGAGAUACGAGCAAGAGAUCAUGGAGUUUGGCUCACAUUCUCUCAUGUUCACAAUCCUGGCUACGAUAGCGAUACUCAAUGUCAUUUGCCUGAUGAGUGGAGUAAAGCAGAUGGUCUGGGAGGGAGAAGUCGGAUCGCCAGACUCAUUGUUGGUGCAGCUUGUUGUGUGUGGCACAGUUGUUCUUAUCAACAUCCCUGUCUAUGAAGCCAUGUUCUUACGCAGUGGUGGCGGGCGCAUGCCAAACUCUAUCACAUUUAUCUCGAUUGCUUUAGCCAUUUUAGCUUAUGUACUUCCAAUGCGGCAGAACGGGAGUGCAUCAUUAGUGUUUCCAUAGCAUCAGACAGAAAAAACGCAGAAGGCUCUGGUGGAAUAACAACAUAGUGAUGAUGGCAUAUUGCUGAGCUAAAAUGUAAGGAUGGCUAUUCAAAAAUUGGAUGUGAUUGCCAAGUUUUCUCGUUUCUUUUAGGCACAAGAAAAUUUUAUUUUGAUAUGUUGGCGGCAUAUAUUAUUACCCCUUUAUGUAAUAAGCAAAUGAUGUUCUUAUCUUGUGUCACGCUAUAUAUAUAGCUUAUUUUCCUAAA